GGCAGCUUCUUAUACAUCUAAACCUCCCUGGCGUGUACUCACAACAUAUUCCGACCAAUCGAUACAAGUCGGAGAGACCUGGGCUGAAGAGCUGAAGAAGCUACCACUGGAAGAGCCUGUUUCCUCCAAACGACGUCUCGACAACAUUCUCUCGCACGUCAAGCGUGGCGGAUGGACUCUCGGAUCCUUCUUGGCUUACCUUUUUACUUAUCCGGAUCGUAAAGCUGGUGGGCGCUCAGCUCGCCAUGCACAGAUGGUGUCGGGUUUUCUACGCGGCGCUGCUUUUGAGGGAGCUACAGCGGACGAGGUUGUGGAGCUGAUGUACAGCAGCCGUGACGCUGCUCCCAGAGAGAUCCGGCAAAGUGCGACGCCAUCCAAAGACAAGAAGCGACCGGACGCGACAAAUAUGGCUCGCCACCGACUCUCGGAAUGGGCGAUCACAAAGGUGGAGGGUUUUGUGUCUACCGCUGCGCAGGAUCUCUCGGGAAAAGACAGUCCGUUCCGUCGUGUCUCAGAGGAAAUUGACUUGGAUUUCAUCGACAACUUCUCGCUGGCUACAACGAUCGCAAGUCUAGAAAGCGGCGGGGCAGUUAUUCUACGCCUGCUAGCAGCAACUGCCUUGGACAACAGGACUCGACGCUCCACAACGUACGCUGAGCACUUUUCAAGGGAGUCAGAAGCGGGAUCGGGGGAGAAUCGGCGUGACCCUUAUGUGAUCAUUGUUAUAGUGUUCCUGAUGUUGCUUUAUGCACGGAAUAUACGGUUUUCAUUCCUCAGGAAGAUGUUCGGCAUAUGGCUUUUUGCCAAUAAUGCGUCAGCCUCAAUCUUUGCUGUGCUCAGUCGGAUCGGCCUUUCAUCUUCGUACACAACGAUCUUGGACACACUGCGAUCACUCUCUCGCUCGACACAGAAGGCGAUACGGAUCAAGGCCCAACAACGCGCGUUUCUGCUCAUCUACGACAACAUCAAUCGCAUGCGGCGAGUGAUCGAUCCUGACCUGGGGCAGCAUGAUGUGAUGCAGAGUGGUGCGGCUUCAAUGCUGAUUGAGCUGGUGCCUUGCAAUGUCCAGACGGCGUUCGAUCCAGCCCCAUUGAGAGAAGCGCGAGAAGCCGGGUUACGAAGGCGGCUCACUACAGAUGUGCUCAUGAAUCGCCUCAACAUGGAGGAGCUGAACGCUCUAAUUGCCCUUCACUGCCUGACAUUUCUCAUUGCGGAAGCCCCUGUACUUCACGGCCACCAAGCGCAGAUCAAUCUCCGGUUCCGCACAUCCCAUGCGCAGCAUCGUAUGCCCGAUGAGCACGUCACGGUCAUGCAUCCGCUUGCUACCUCCAGCCACAAUGAAGGGACGACACAAGGCAACCGAGACGUGCUUGAUGACCUGAUUUUACGCCAGCUUGGGAUGGACAAAACCGAAGUUGACAGCCUUCUCGUUAUUGUGGGUGGCGAUCAAUCAACGGUGGAGAAGAUUCGCACUCUUCAACGGUUUCUUGAUGAUUGCCCGCAUGGCUACUCCCGAUAUGGAUGGGUCCUGCCACUGAUUCAGCUCUGGCACAUGGGUUGGGCGGAUUUGGAACGUAUUCUCUCGACGCAUUGGGGACAGACUUACACCAGUGCGGAAACUGGUGACAUGUCCUCAUAUUACUUUAUCAACACCAUCCUCAAGCGCAAAAUCAAGAACAUCAAGCGCCCCGACUAUUACCCAACACAAAAUUUCAUCUUCGACACGCUGAGAGCAGAAGUGAUUGACUGCUGGAAAGUUUUACUACGAACCGACAAUCUCUCAGCACACUUCGCUGUCGGAUCUUUCAACUUCGAAGAUCUCUUCAGGCUGUCACAACAACUAACACAUACAUAUUUCAGUGUCGAAUCGUCGGAAAAGGCCCGUUUUGGAUGGAAGGAGCACAGUUUUG